UUUCCACCCCUUCUUUAGGCAGUGAGCAAUCAGGCAGAGACAAUGAGCUACCUGGAUGGAGUGCCCUUCCGGACAGCUGUGAGCCUCGAGGAAAACUCUGCAGGAGAAAGCAGCUUCAUCAAGGCACCAGCCAUAGACCUUCCUGACUGCACCGACAUCCUCAUGAGCACCAUGCACGACUUCUCGCUGGAGCGAAAGGUGCAGUACUGGCUGGAGGCCGCUUCUCAGCACCAAACCUCCUGGCAGCAGCUCCACACCGACGCCAUCCCCACGGCCCCACCAUGCUGGCUGCUGCUGGUGGACCCCGCUGAGGGCAAGGAGACAGCAGCGAGCAGAGUGAAGGAGGGCACGGUGCGGCGCAGCAUCAGCCUCAGCGCCGAGCGGGGCCGGGGAAGAGCCUCCGACACAGAGAGUGAGGCUGGGUGCUCAGAGGACGAUGAGUGCUGGGAGGAGGAUGAGUGUUCCUCUACCUCCUGGGAGGAAAAUGACAGGGAGGAGAACAUUCUCCGGAGGAGAAACCAGCAUGGCUUGCAGCAGAUCCGACCAAAGACUUCGCCUGGCUUGCUGGAGCCUCCUUCAGAGAACGGCUUCAAGGCCACGAGCCCUGAUCCAGGCAAGCAAAGGAGGUCCAUGGUUUUGUUCAACAACAUGAAGAACGAGCUGGAAGCAGCCAGGAGGAAACUGGCUGCGUUGGUGCAUCCUUUAAACAGAGCCACAACCGAAAGCAAAGGGGUUCCCACUCCACCAGCGGUCCCCCAGCACUGCCGAAGCAACAGGAGCCUCAAGUUUGGACCGGCAGCAGAGGGGUCUCACAUGGGAAGCCUGGUGCCAGCUCCCCCCGCGGCACCCAAUGCCUCCAUGCCACCCAUCCGCAAGCACAAGCCUACAGUCCCGUCCCUCAGCCCCUACUCCUGCCUGCCCCCAGCACGGCCACUGGCAUCCCGCAAAGCCAAGCCAGAUUCAGCAGCUGAUCUGCUGUCAGCACUGAGCCAGGAGGAGCGCGACCUCAUCGAGCCCGUCAUUGCCUUGGGCUACCCGGCCCGCAAAGCCAUCCUCACUCUUCAGAAGACCGGGAGGCAAAGCCUGGGGCAGUUUCUGGGCUACCUCCGCGCCUGUGACCGGCUGCUGAAGCAGGGCUAUGAGGAGGGGCAGGUGGAGGAGGCCAUGGAAAUGUUCCAGUACUCAGAGAAAAAGGCAGCUGAAUUCCUGCACUUGUUAGCUCAGUUCAAUGACAUGGGUUUCCAGCAAAAUGAAAUCAAAGAAGUCCUUCUGCUCUGUGGGAACCAGAGGGACAAGGCACUGGAAGAGCUCGUGAUGAAGAGGCAGUGAAUGUGCCCAGCACCUACAAAGCGGGAUGCAUCCUGCUGCCCAUCCCUUUCUAGGCCACAUUUACAAAUACAGCCACGUGCAGAUUCUUACACUGUAAUAUAAAUCAUCUGAAUUGAUUGUUUUUACAAAAGCUGAGUGCUUUUUGCAGGAACAUUGGUUCCUCCUUUCUUGGGAAGAUUCUCAGCAGACUUCAUGACGUUUGAAUGUUGUGACGGGAAAUCUAGAUGUUAGCAUCUCCUUGUGAACUAGAAACUUGACAAAAACGCACAGCUCAAGGAAGGGCACAGAGAGAACGUGGGCUGAGGUUGCUCUAGAUAGCUAAUGUGUGACUUUGGACCCAGGACAGUGCAAAAUGUCUUAUGCAAGGCUUUACGCUCAGGAAUUGUCAUGAAAUCUGAACAGAGAGAUGGACGACUGGCUCAUCUCUGCCUUUUAUUAAGCAAAUUCAAAGGGUGCUUCUCUAAAUGGCAAAGACAAUGGCUCAAAAGCAGGUUUAGCACAAACACUGCGAUCAGGAGAAUCUGGGUGCCUGGUGGAGUUCCUGUGCAUGGCUAAGUAUGGACAACAGGAGAUUCAGAUUGCCUUACUCUUGUUUUGGCAGUGGAGCGAUGGAUGAUGUUCUCCCAUAGAAGUACAUUAUUUCCCUGUCCAUUAGCUACAGAUGUAGUUUAUCUGAGUAAAGAUGCUCGGAGAGGUUCUUACAAAAAGUAUUAAUGUCUUUUCCUAUGAAAAUGCCAACUGGCGCAACCUAGCAGAGACAACUCCUAAUGAGUCCCAAAGUAUUUAUCAUUUUCCAUGGGUCUCCUUGCCCAAUACAGUUCAGCUGAGUUAAUGCAGCAUGUUACUGCUCCACAUCUCUCUGAUCAGCUCCCAAACACAGGCACACAGGUGUAGCUCUCUGUGGCUGCCUCCAUCCUUGCCAAGUGCCAGAGUGACAGUGACAGUGUGCAUCCAGAUUUUGGCCUGGAGUUGACCUUUCCAUACCCGAGAGUGGGUGUUUUACACCAGUGUUGUGAUCAACAUCUCCCUUGGAUGGCCAGGGGAGAUAUUCUGCUAGUAAAAAGGGCAGGGAAACUGCAAUCAGUGGGGUAUGGGGGUGGCAGGGCAGGUCCAGAUCCAUCCAUCCAUGCUGUGCCAGCAUGAAGAGUGGCUUUGUCCUGACCUCCUUGCACCAAAUCAGCCAACAUGGGGCAGUCAUCCUUCUCCAAAGCACAGUGCUUUCUGAGCCCAUCUGCACAGCGAGCUCCCAGGCUCUUCUUGGAGCACCCAUUUCUGCUUUUCCUGCAGAGCUCUUGCUUGGUUAUACAAGUUUUUAUUUUUGAUGUGGUCCUUAUAAGGCAAGUCCAUUCUACAGGCAGCUUUUUGUUACGUUCAGCCUUGCCAAGAUGAUGUCACCUUCAACAGAAACUUGCAAAAGGUUGAGCUAUGAUUAGAUAGACUGCACUGGGUUUGACUGUGGUCUUUGGCAGAGUGGAUACCAUUAAGAUUGGAAGGGGCAGAUAAUGGUGGUGUUCUCAUGCCAGCAACGCAUAACACCAAGUGCUAAAUACUGGUGCAACAGAUUUGCAGCACCGUGCCCACUCACUGUGCAAAGGCUGAACAGCUUCUCAUGCUGGCUCAUAUUUUUUCCCCCGCUUGCAGAGGUACGAACAUCUUUCUGCUUCCCUCUGUGUUACAGUCUGUACCACGGUCUGGUGACACAGAUGCAACCACGUUACUCCUCUCUUGGAACAUCCAUGCCACACUCAACAGCACCUGUCAAGACUGCCAAGUAGAAGUCAAACUAUUUUCAUUGCUGUUUGGGCUACAUUAUCUCCUUCUCCUUUCAGGUUGGACAUUAGCAAAAAUUUCUCCAAGAGUGGUCAGGCACUGGAAUGGGCUGCCC